AUGAAGCAAUCUGCCGAGUUCCUGCAGCGGAGAUCGUCUAGUGAUGCAGAGUGUGCUUUGGGUGUAAUUGCUGAGGCUUUGAUGAUCGGCACUUGCUCAGAAAAAUUACUUGAGACAAAAGCUGAUGCUCUUUUCAUGCUACGAAAGUACGAAGAGGUGAUUCAGUUGUGUGAGCAGACUCUUAAUUCUGCCGGGUCGAACACUUUGACAACAAGGGCUUGCCAGUCGGUGAAUUUGGAUAGUUCUGACCUACAAAGGAGCUCUUCGUUCAGGCUCUGGAGGUGGUCCCUAAUAGUUAAGUCCUAUUUUCAUUUGGGCAGGCUUGAGGAAGCUCUUGAUUUUCUGAAGAAGCAAGAGGGGUCUUUGCCUGUCAUGGAAAGGAGUCAUAAUAAGACUCUGGAAUCACUGAUACCUUUAGCUGGCACUGUACGGGAGCUCUUACGCCACAAGGCUGCAGGAAAUGAAGCAUUUCAAUCAGGAAAGCAUGCAGAUGCUAUUGAACAUUAUACCACUGCAAUAUUAUGCAAUGUUGAGUCACGUCCUUUUGCUGCAAUUUGUUUUUGCAAUCGCGCUGCCGCGUACCGAGCUAUGGGCCAAAUCACGGAUGCCAUUGCAGAUUGCAGCCUGGCUAUGGCCCUUGAUGAAAAUUAUUUGAAGGCAAUUUCUAGACGGGCCACUUUGUUUGAGAUGAUUCGAGAUUAUGGACAAGCCGCCCUAGAUCUCCGGAGACUUGUAUCUCUUCUCACAAAGCAAGUUGAGGAAAAGGCCAACCAGUCUGGACAAUCUGAUAAAAUGAACUGGAUAAAUGAGCUAAAACAAACUCAAGUAAAGCUUUCUGUAAUGGAAGAGGAAUCCAGAAAGGAAAUCACUUUGAAUAUGUACCUCAUUCUGUAA